AUGCUGCGGUGCAGACGUCGUGAAACCGACGACCAAAAUCAUGUUAAAGUGCUCGGAACGAGCCUGGUCGUCUCCCCAGCCAGUAUUCGUAAACUCCUCUACUUUGAAUGCCGAUUGAAUUUUCAGCUUUGCAGUAAAAAGCUCGGGCCUAGGCAAGUUACAAUCCAACAGACAACAGCGGCAGGCAUCAAAAACGUGGCCACAAUGGGCUUCAGGCAAAUACUCAAGGACCUUGUCUCCAAUGACAGGAAGCAGGACGAACCUUCAAGUCAGCAGCAACAGCAUGAAGAUGCACGCGCAGAAACCCACACACCAUUCCCUGCCUUGGAACCUGAAAACACCCCAGCACUCAGCAUACCAACGAUAGCAAUACCAACGGAAGGCCCCAAGAAAAUAACAGGCAAACGCAAACCGUCAGAUGCAGCUUGGAGACCACGAGCCAGUCUACAGGAGAGCCGGUAUGGUCCACACAAUCCGGCGCCGUCAGAGUAUCUGUAUUUUGGCGAAGGCGGCCGGUCGCCGGGCAGGCGAUCGGGCGCAUCAGCACAGCGGGAGCGGGCGCAAACUACAGCGGGACGGACGGAGCGGACGUCGCAGUACCAUCCUACGUCUGGCAGGGAUGACAGCGGGUUUCUUGUUACGGGCGUGAGGACGCAGCAAGCGGGCUACUCUAAUCUGACGUAUGGCGGGUCGUUGCAGUACGACUAUUCUGGGACACAGGCGCCCUUUUGAUUUCUGACUUCAGGGAUGAGGCGUCGAGGCGUUAUGGUGUACGGAUGAUGGCCACAUGGUAAGUUGUCAGGUCGUCUAGAAAGGAACUUGGGGGACUUCACCGCAUUCGGCAAUGACAUGGGCCAAACGAGCGCAAAUUCCAAAUCAUUCAUCAUAUACGACCCCAUCUAAGAUCUUUUGAUAUU